GAGUGAUCCAGUAUUCUUGACUUCAUUCUGACAAGAGAGGCCCAUAUAAGUGGGCGGAGCAGUAUACUCCUUACUCCCGAAGACGAUACUACAGUGACAGCCUGGGGUGUCUGGAGGCUGCAUGUCUGCUUUUGAGACACUUCAGAUGGCGGCUGACUGACACCUGGAAGAACAGAAGGAUCUUCCCCUUCCCCGUAAAAGCAGCAGUUGCCGCGCAAGCAACAGGAAGAGCCUCAUCCUGACCAGCACCUCCCCCACACUGCCCCGCCCACACUCGCCCCUCCCAGGUCACAUUGGGAGCAGCCCCAUGGACAGCCCCCGAAACUUCUCCCCCAGCGCCCCCACACACUUCUCCUUCACCUCCUCCAGGAGAGCAGACGGGAGGCGCUGGUCUCUGGCCUCGCUGCCUUCCUCAGGGUAUGGGACCAACACGCCCAGCUCCACGUCCUCUAGCUCCUCCCAGGAGCAGCUGCCGUACCAGCCCACCCUGGAGGAGCUGCACUUCCUCUCCAAGCAUUUCGGCAGCACGGAGAGCAUCGCUGACGACGAAGGGGGACGCAGCUCGCCCCAUUUGCGCGCCCGUUCCCGUAGCUUGAGCCCUGGACGAUCACCCUCCUGCUACGACAACGAGAUCGUCAUGAUGAACCAUGUGUACAAGGACCGCUUCCCAAAGGCCACGGCGCAGAUGGAGGAGCGGCUGAUGGAGUUCAUCCGCCGCUACGCCCCGGAGACCUCGCUGCCCCUGGCCGACGGGGUCCUCAGCUUCAUCCACCACCAGAUCACCGAGCUGGCCCGGGACUGCCUGACCAAGGCCCGAGAUGCGGUCAUCACCUCUGUCUACUUCCUGGAGCUGCAGGAGAACCUGGAGAAGCUCCUACAGGAUGCUUUUGAGCGGUCAGAGAGCUCUGAGGUAGCAUUUAUCACUGAACUGGUGAAAAAACUCCUCUUCAUCAUUUCUCGCCCAGCCAGGCUCUUGGAGUGCCUGGAGUUUAACCCAGAGGAAUUCUACCACCUACUGGAGGCAGCGGAGGACCAUGCCAAGGAGGGACACCUGAUGAAGACGGACAUCCCCAGAUACAUCUUCAGCCAGCUGGGCCUGACCAGACACCCACUGGAGGAAAUGGUGAAUCUGGACAGCUAUGACAGCGAGGGAUCCCACACUCCUGAGACAGACGAUUCUGCAGAGGGCAGCAAGAUUAGAGCCAUGAAGCCCCCAAGUGAGAAUGACUUUCGGACCAUCAAGCUGAUCAGCAACGGGGCAUAUGGCGCGGUGCACCUGGUCAGGCACCUGGAGACCAGGCAGCGCUUCGCCAUGAAGAAGAUCAACAAGCAGAACCUGAUCCUGAGGAACCAGGUCCAGCAGGCCUUUGUGGAGCGAGACAUCCUCACCUUCGCCGAGAACCCCUUCGUGGUCAGCAUGUUCUGCUCCUUCGAGACCCGCCGCCACCUCUGCAUGGUGCUGGAGUACGUGGAGGGGGGUGACUGUGCCACUCUGCUGAAGAACAUUGGGGCGCUGCCAGUGGAGAUGGCACGCAUGUACUUCGCUGAAACCGUGCUGGCGCUUGAGUACAUACACAACUACGGCAUCGUGCACCGCGACCUAAAGCCUGACAAUCUACUCAUCACCUCCAUGGGACACAUCAAGCUGACUGAUUUUGGGCUGUCUAAGAUGGGCCUGAUGAGUCUGACCACCAACCUGUAUGAGGGCCACAUUGAGAAGGACACUCGUGAGUUCCUGGACAAACAGGUGUGUGGCACACCUGAGUACAUUGCUCCAGAGGUGAUCCUGCGGCAGGGCUAUGGCAAGCCGGUGGACUGGUGGGCCAUGGGGGUCAUCCUGUACGAGUUCCUGCUGGGCUGCGUGCCUUUCUUUGGAGACACGCCCGAGGAGCUCUUUGGACAGGUCAUCACAGAUGACGUCGCCUGGCCGGAGGGUGAGGAGGCACUUCCUGCUGAUGCUCAGAGCCUCAUCUCCACCCUCCUGCAGACCAACCCCCUUCUGCGGCUGGGCACAGGUGGUGCUGCGGAAGUGAAGCAGCACCCUUUCUUCACUGAGCUGGACUGGAACAGCCUGCUGAGGCAGAAAGCUGAGUUUGUUCCUCAACUGGAGUCUGAGGAGGACACAAGCUACUUUGACACACGCUCCGAGCGUUACCACCAUGUGAACUCAUAUGAUGAGGAUGACACCAAUGAUGAUGAACCAGUCGAGAUCCACAAGUUCUCCUCCUGCUCCCCCCGUUUCAGCAAGGUCUACAGCAGCAUGGAGCACCUCCACCUUUCCCAGCUGGAGCUGAAGCCCUCUUCCCUAGCCAGGCGGGACCCCAAGGGCCAAGUGGAGGAUCGGCCAGCCAAGCGGGAGAGCCUGGGCAGCCUCACCCUGCGGGACAAGAGCUGGAGGACUGGCUCCCCAGAGAGGGGGGCCUGCAGGAAGCGGCUAUCCUAUUCCGAAUCCUCAUUCGCGGACAGUGACCCCAACUCCCCUCUGGGCGCCCGGCGACGCUUCUCUGCCCUGAUGGACAUGCACCGUUUCGCCUCGCCACUAGAGGGUGAGGUUGAGCACCAGGUCAAGGCCAGAGGUGCAUCCUCCAGCCAGGUGGAGCUGAAGGAGGGAGAUGGUACUGCGGCCACAGACAAGGUGCUCAGACCAACUGAGACAUCGGCUGGGUCAACAGCACCCCCUCCUGUUGCUAUGAGAGGGGACUUGGAGCCCCAGGGGCCCCGUGCCUCUGGCAACCUGACCAUGCGGUGGCCACGGCACCAGCAGUUGCCGGGAGAUGGGGAGAGGCGUGGUUUACGGCCCAGUACCAAGGUUACCAAGUCCGCCUCGGCGACCGCGCUGUCCGUCAUCAUCCCUGCAGUAGAGCAGCAUGGGACCUCUCCAUUGGCCAGUCCCUUGUCUCCACGCUCCCUCUCCUCCAACCCCUCCUCACGCGACUCUUCCCCCAGCCGUGACUACAGCCCGGCGGUCAGCGUGCCCAGAUCCCCCCUCACCAUCCACCGCUCGGGCAAGGCGUACGGCUUCACCCUGCGCGCCAUCCGCGUCUACAUGGGAGACAGCCACAUCUACAGCGUGCACCACAUCAUCUGGCAUGUGGAAGAGGGAGGCCCUGCACAAGAGGCGGGGCUCUGUGCUGGUGACCUCAUCACCCAUGUGAACGGAGAGUCUGUGCACGGCUUGGUCCACACAGAAGUUGUGGAGCUAAUUCUGAAGAGUGGCAACAAGGUGACAGUGACCACCACGCCCUUCGAGAACACCUCCAUCAAGAUCGGGCCCGCACGCAAAGCCAGCUACAAGUCCAAGAUGGCACGCCGCAGCAGGAAGACUCCAGCCAAGGAGGGACAGGAGAGUAAGAAGCGCAGCUCUUUAUUCCGUAAGAUGACCAGGCAGUGCAACCUGCUGCACACCAGCCGCAGCCUCUCCUCUCUGCAUCGCUCCCUCUCCACCGGGGACAGCCUCCCCACCUCCCCAACCCAGGCCUAUCGCCCCGCCCCAGACUCCUCCCAUUCAGGUUCUCUGUCCCAGAGCGCCCCUACUGGCCCCCUGGUGUCACAGCACAUGCGGCCCAGCUCCCUGCAUGGCCUCUCCCCAAAACUACACCGGCAGUACCGAUCUGCCCGUUGCAAAUCUGCGGGUAACAUCCCCCUGUCCCCGCUGGCACACACCCCGUCACCUGUCAGUUCCCCCCAAGCGCCGCCCCCUCCCCAAGCCCCUUCCCCGGUAGUGGUCGGCUCUAAGCUCCACCCCUCUCCGCCGCCAGCACCUAGGUCCCGCCCCAAGAGCGCCGAGUCGCCCCGCUCCCCGCUGCUCCAGCGCGUGCAGUCUGCCGAGAGGCUGGACAAGGAAAGGAAGGGGGCGGGGCCAGCUGGCGGGGGUGGGGCUGCCAUGGCGACCGCCGUGCGCAAGCACGCCGAGUUCCGCAGGGAUUCCUUCCACUGCGAGACGGGCCUGCAGAGCCUGCAGGAGACGGAGGCGGAGAGCACCGUGCCCACCGACCCUGACCCCGCCCCUGACCCCACCCCAGUCACUGCUCGAACAAAGGGGGGCGGUGAGAUGGGCACGCCACCGCCACCUGUGAGGAGACUGGGGCGACAGGAGUCCCCCCUAAGUCAGGAAGCACUGCGGUUGGUGAGGAGGGAGGGGCCUCUGGAGACGCUGAGUCAGGGUGGGAGUAGGGCCGAUGUGGAGUCACUUGCAGCGGCCACAGUCCCCACGGUGCCUGGAAGCACCACUGACACUGGCCAGCUAGGGAUGGAUCAGAAGCCCCCAACCAAGGACCCCCCAGCACAGAAACAACCUCCAGCACCUGCAGAUUCUAAGCCCUCCUCAUCAUUGGCCAUCCCUACCUCUGCUGACCUAACUUCAAUAAAAAUGCCCAAGUCUGUGGGCCAACCCCCAGAAAGGUGUCCUUCAGUCUCCAGCACGGGUUGCGACCCAAAAACCCCAGAGCCGCCACCCAGGACCCGGAGGCACCAGGCGGUCCAGACAGAAGCUGGGUCGGCCAGCCAGAAGCAGGAGAGGGGCGGGCAGGCAGAGCUACUGCAACAGGAAACGGACCGGAAGGCGGAGUUACGCCAGAGGAGCGAGGGCCAGGAUAAAGCUACGGUGAUGCUAGAGGGGACUACAGGAAAGGAGAUGGGAAAAGGCAUCGAAACGGGAGGAACAGGCAAAACUCCUGCAACAGGGGCAGAAAAGCCCACCCUUGCUGGCCCUGUCCAUUCAGGCCCCACCACAGGGAACAUGCGUCUCCUGGAAGUAGCGGAUGACCAUGCCUCUGGCCUCUCCCAUUCUCCAACUGCUAUCACCCCGGGCAAUGGCAAGCUACAGCCCACUCCCUCUGCAGACAAGGCUGGAUUUGCGACACAACUCACUGGUGUCGCCAAGGACAUACCGGGGCCUCCCAAGGCUGGAUCUCUGGAGGGGCCCAAGGGGGGAGGCAGCAACAAGGCAGUGGAGGAGAAGCAUGGAUACUCGGCAGGAAAGUCUGGGACUUCUUCUGCAACAUCGCCUGGCCUUGCCGGCUCAAUUCAGCCAGAUAAGAUGGACCACAGAGACUCUUCCAAGUAAUGAGACCUGGUUUAAUGGGGUGAGGGUGGGUCGGAUGGUUUCUUGUGGUUUCCAGAACUGUACAAGUUCAGGAAAAUACCAUGCCGGUGAAGAUGACUGAAAGGCUAGAAUAAUAUUCAUAAUAUUUGGGACUAAGACAUUUUUUUUUCUUGAUUUGGCUCUGUACUCCACAAUUUUAGAUUUGUUGUCUUAUGCAUUUUUAUUGGGUUGACCAUGUAGAAAUUACAGCACAUUUGAUUUAUAACCCCUAUUUCAGGGCACCAUAAUGUUUGGGGUAAAGGCCUCACAGGUAUUUCUGAAUAAUCAGGUGUGUUCAAUUCUUUUCUUGUUUUAGUAUCUAGUAUUCAUUGUGGGAUUUUGAUUGCCUUUUGAUUCUGUUCUUCAGACUAAAGCAGAUUAUAGGAGACAUUAGGCCAAAGCUUAGGCUAACCAAAAUGAACCGCUUGGAACAGAGCAAGAGAGCACUGGUAAGCUCAUGAAUCUCUACAGUUGAUGACCAAAGAAUUCUAAAAUUAAUUAUUGAUCAGCCAUGUCAUUCACCUGAUCUGAAUCCAAAAGAACAUGCUUUUGAUAUGAUGAAGAGAAGACUUAAGGUAACCAGCUCCCAAAACAAGCAGGAGCUGAAGAUGGCUGCUGUAUAGGCUGAACAUUACCAGAUAAGAUACUCAGCAGCUGGUGUUGUCUAUGGGUCAGACUUGAAGCUGUCAUUGCAUGCAAAGGAUAUGCAACAAAAUACUAAAUAUGACUAUAUUUAUUUACAUAACAUUAAAAUGUCACAAACAUUAUGGUGCCCUGAAAUGUAUAAAAGGUGCUGUAGUUCCACACAGUGAAACCAAAGUGUGAAACCAAAUACCAAUAAAUAAAAUCUGAGAAUGUGCACUUUGACCACACGUUUGAUUGCAUAUCUGAAAUUGUGGAUUACACGACCAAAUCAAGGAAAAACACUGUGGGUGUAUGUACAUGCGUGCGCAAAUCAAGAUAAGUUUAAAUAAACUGUAAAGAUCCUUCAAUCAAUGGCUUUUCAGUUCUGUAUAUUAACUUUGUGUGUGUGCAUAUAUUGACUUGCAAUUGCGUGGAUUCUGGGUUUGCCACGCUGGGUUAACCCUACCUAGCCAUGGCCAGCAAUAUAAGAAAAGUCACCAGGAUAAAGCCUAUGAACAAAGCUGAGGAGGGCUGGCUUACUGGGAACAGGGAGAUUUGUGUGAAACUCUGCCCUAAGCUUGAGAAUUUAUAACCAUGGCUCUGCGCUGAAGGUGUCAUUCCCAAGAAUACCAAAGCAUGCUAACCAUGGCUCUAACCACAGCCAGGCAGACCAAGGAACUGUAUAACACCACCCACCAUUUUGAGCCAUCUGCUCAUGAUAUUUCCCUCAUUGUGUCACCACUCUGCAAUGUAGGCCAAAUGUAGUUCAGGCCAAGUCAUAAAGAGUACAAAAUAAGCACUUCAUGGUCAGGGAAGUCCAAGAUCACAGGGACUACUCAGAAAUACGGAUAGAUGAAGCAAUCAAAGUUCAGAAACAACACAACGCCUUCAAUGACUGAGGAUAUCUUUCUUCAGGUCAAAAGAAAAGCAAAAAAAAAAAAUCAUAUAGAUGUCUGAGAUGUCAAAGGUCAAAGUGUCAAGCAGGAAACACAGGCUUGAGGUGAUUUUCUUUUUUUUACUUUUUUGUUUUAAUGGAGUUUUUAUGUAUUUUGGAGUACGUUGGAUCACUGUUUAGAACAUAAUAUAUCAUGGGCUAAGUUUGUCAUUUUCUCUUUUUGAACUGCUGUCCAUCCCUGUACAUACCGUAUGUAGAUCCCAACUUUGGCUAUGCCUAUUUCAGCAUUGUUGGUUGCCAUUUUACAUAUGGACUUUCUUGGUUGUAUCACUAUGCAGGCAUACACUGCUUGAAUGUUUGUUUUUUAUUUGAGUACCUAAUUGUGACUGAAUGUGAAAGUUGGAGACGCAUGAAGUGCAGUAAGUGGAAUAAGAAUAAAAAGACUACUAUGCCUUGUCCAUUGUAUAUGACAGAUUAUGUUGCUAAUGUAAAUUAAAAUCCUAAUAGGCUAAUA